UGACCCUGGCCAUGACACGGAUUCACCCGCAUCCCACAGCCAACGGAAGCUCGAAAUGCAUACAAAAACCUGAGUAUGCGCAACCUCAAUCUUUGCUUUUCAAACUUCCUCAUGAGAUCCGCCAUCAGGUCUUCUUCUUGGCUCUGGUCAAGCCGCUCUCUGCGACGAUCCUCGACUCCUCUCACGAUGACAAGCUAGACGCUGAGCCUGCUCUUCUGUCUACUUGUCAUCGCGUCCGCGCCGAAGCCCUCCCCCUGUUCUACAGCGCCAAUGACUGGGUGGUCAAGACGCGACGCGUCGGAAGUGACACUGGUCGUCUGGACUCCAUCAGCAAGAGUUUGAUCACCUAUCAGUGUAUACCUCGCUGGCUCGAUGCCUUGCCAGAUAACAAGAUUGCUCUGAUCAGGUCUAUUGUAGCCAUUGGCUCUAGAGGAUCCUUCGUGGACUUUAAGGGCAAAUGGUGGGACGGCGACCGCACUGCCUUCCGGUUGCAAAGGUUCAAUGGGCGCACUGCUUUUCGCGUCGAUGAGCUGGACUUUCGGGAUGAGGAGCUAGAGCGCGCGGCCAAUCAAGAGAAGGAAAAGGAAGCUUUUUGCAGCAUACACCUCGUCGAUCUUCUGAACGCGAGAAUGCGCAUCAACGUGCAGACCUCUCGUGGGAAGUGGCUUUGGACAAGAGAGCGCGUUCAUGAUCUGGCCUUCCUGCUUUGAUCUCGUGUCGAGGCACGAGUCGUGGACAAACUCACCAGCAUCACAGGUUUCUUACUGGCGCCUUUUACAGAACUGCCUCAUGGUUGAAAUACCUUGAGUGGGACUGAAGGCCUGCACGCAUGCCAUGGCCAUUAAACA